CGUUUGAGUCGUUUGUAUUGCCUUAUCAAUAGCUGUUGACGCGCAGUGCUUAAGUCUACUAUUGCGUCCGGCCAUUAAACAGUAGACCGGUACACGAUGACUUUUGUACCCAAAGUAUACUCGACAAUGCCGGUUAAUAAAUAUGUCGAACUUGACGCGUAGUACUCCUCCAGCAAGCCCCAAACAUCAGUUGUUGACAGAUAGGAUAUGUAGAGUGGAGUGGAGCAACUGUGGCAAUCAACGUGCCUUUGACAACGUGAUCUAAACAACAAUAGCGUCAUCAGCGCUGCCUCCAUCGGCUCCUGCUGGCUUAUUUAGCCACAAGCAAGGACCACAAUGCUGUGUUGGGGCAAUGCUUCCUACGGCCAGCUCGGUUUGGGGGGCAUUGAUGAAGAGAUAGUGGUGGAGCCGAGGAAAUGCGACUUCUUCCAUGCCAAACUAGUGCGCGAUGUAGGCUGUGGUCGCAAGCACACAGCCUUCGUGCUGGAUGAUGGCACUGUAUACACGUGUGGCUGCAAUGAUCUCGGUCAACUGGGCCACGAGAAGUCCCGAAAGAAACCAGAGCAGGUUGUGGCUCUGGAUGCUCAGAUCAUAAUAGCAGUGUCUUGUGGAGAGUCGCAUACACUUGCCUUGAAUGACAGCGGGCAGGUUUUCUCAUGGGGCCUGGGCUCAGAUGGGCAGCUUGGCUUAAACAACUUUGAAGAAAGUGUUCGUGUGCCUAGAAACAUCAAGGCUUUGACUGAUGUUCAAAUCACUCAGGUAGCCUGUGGGUACUGGCACUCACUAGCACUUUCAAAAGGGAGCCAGAUUUUCUCCUGGGGUCAAAAUCGAUACGGACAACUUGGGCUUGGAGUAAAUGGACAAUGCAUUUCUAGCCCGCAAAUCAUUCAGUCUCUGCAGGGCAUUCCUUUUGCUCAGAUAUCAGGAGGUGGAGCUCACAGCUUUGCACUCACUCUCUCAGGAGCUGUGUUCGGUUGGGGCCGUAACAAGUUUGGUCAACUGGGUCUCAAUGACAGCAAUGACCGGUGUUUUCCAACCCUGCUGAAGUCGCUUCGAUCGCAGAAAGUAAUUUUUGUCUCCUGUGGAGAAGAUCACACAGCAGCCCUGACCAAGUUAAGUGGCGUCUUUACAUUCGGAGCAGGAGGAUAUGGUCAGCUGGGGCAUAACUCUACAAAUCAUGAAAUCAACCCAAGGAAAGUGUUUGAGCUCAUGGGAAACAGAGUCACACAGGUUGCAUGUGGAAGGCAGCACACACUGGCUUUCACACCCUCAUGCGGAAAGAUGGACUCAUUUGGUCUUGGAGGAAAUGGACAGCUUGGUACACGCUCUAGCAGUAACAGGAAAAGCCCGGGCCCAGUCAAGGGCCCCUGGAUACACUCUGUUGAUUCAGAUGGUAGAGUCGUGGAUCAAAACUGUUGUAUCAAGAGGAUUUACGCUGGAGGAGACCAAAGUUUUGCUCAAAAUUCUACUGCCAAUAACCUGCAAAACAGCGAUGAUGUGGCGACACCAGAUGCCCAGCGAAGAGUUUGUACCUUGAAUGAGGAAACCAUUCAGAGAUGGCUGAACCAUACGCCAGGAAGACUGCCCCUAGAAAUCUCCAAUGAGAUUGACCUGGUGUUCUCAACUGCAAGCUGCCUCAAUGGAUCCUUCUUGUCUACGAGUCAUCCAGAUCACUACAGUACCAGCAGUAAAUGUUCAGGGACUGACAUGAACAUGGCCCGUCUCCUAUUUCACAAACUGAUUACAUCUAACUACCCUGAGAUCACCCAACAGAUUGCUGCAAGUAUGGAGAAGAAUCUAAUUCCCAGACUAAGCAACUCCCCUCCUGAUAUAGAAGCACUGAGACUCUACCUCACUCUUCCAGAAUGUCCUCUCUUCAGUGAUCCCAACAAUUAUGUGACUAUCUCCAUCCCAUUUGCCAAAUCUCUCAUCAGCUUGAAAGAAGCGCCACUUAAAGUGCUAGGAAACUGGUGGUCCACAUUUGAGCCCCAAGUCUUCCAGCGGCUGGUCGAGUUGUACAAAGAAGUGGUGGUGUACCUGCUCCAGAUGCACAAUGUGGGAAUCCCAUCGACAGAGCAAAGAAUUUUCACCUGUUUUCUGGACACGUCACUCCGACUGCUGGAGAUCCUCCACAUGGUGAAUGAGCGAAGUGGACACAUUAUACAGUACGAUAAAUUCUACAUUCAUGAGUUGGACGACUUGAUAGACAUCCGAAAUGACUACAUCACAUGGAUUCAGAGACAAAUGUACCCAGGCGGUCAAGAUGCUGUGGUGACUAUGUGCAGGUAUCCCUUUGUAUUUGAUGCCCUGGCAAAGACUACCCUGCUACAGACUGAUGCUGUCUUACAAAUGCAGAUGGCAGUGGAUCAGGCUCAAAUGCAAAACUUGAGUUCCAUGUUCUUGCCUGCUGUGGAAUCUGUAAAUCCCUGCCUCAUCCUCAUUGUCCGGAGGGAAAAUAUAGUUGGAGACACCAUGGAAGUUCUCAGGAAGUCAAAGAACGUCGACUACAAGAAGCCGCUAAAGGUCAUCUUUGUGGGAGAAGAGGCAGUCGAUGCAGGAGGUGUGAGAAAGGAGUUCUUUCUCCUGAUUAUGAAAGAGCUGUUGGAUCCAAAGUAUGGGAUGUUCCGUUACCAUGAGGAGUCAAGGCUCCUCUGGUUUUCAAGCAAGACCUUUGAGGACAUUGAUUUGUUUAACCUCAUCGGAGUCAUCUGUGGUCUUGCAAUCUACAACCUCACCAUUGUGGAGCUCAACUUCCCAGUGGCCCUGUACAAGAAGCUUCUGAAAAGGAAUCCAACAUUAGAUGACCUGAAGGAGCUCAUGCCAGAUGUGGGAAGGAGUCUCCAACUGUUACUGGACUACCCUGAAGAUGACCUUGAGGAAACCUUCUGCUUGAACUUUACAAUCACAGAGGAAAACUAUGGUGCCACAGAGGUGUUGGAACUCAUACCCAAUGGUGAAAACAUCAAUGUUAAAAAAUCCAACAGGCAGGACUUUGUCAAUGCGUACGUAGACUACACAUUCAACACCUCGGUUGCCCCACUAUUUGAGUGCUUCUAUGCAGGCUUCCACAAGGUGUGUGGAGGCAAAGUUCUGGAGCUGUUCCAGCCCAAUGAACUGCAAGCCAUGGUGAUUGGCAACACCAACUAUGACUGGACUGAACUUGAAAAGAGCACUGAAUAUAAGGGAGAGUACUGGGCAGACCAUCAGACCAUCAAGCUCUUCUGGCAAGUGUUCCACAACCUUCCUUUAGAGAAGAAGAAAGAGUUUCUCUUGUUCCUCACAGGAAGUGAUCGCAUACCCAUCUUGGGCAUGAAAAGCCUUAAACUAGUGAUCCAGCCAACCAGUGGGGGAGAACAUUACUUGCCUGUCGCCCACACAUGCUUCAACCUGUUGGACCUGCCCAAAUACACUCAUGCAGAAACACUGCGUGAGAAGCUUCUUCAAGCUAUAGAUCAUAAUCAAGGAUUCAAUCUAGCAUGAGGCCACUUGGAAAGGUCCGGAUGACCGUGUCCAGAGUCCAGACUGUCAAUGGCCACCAUAUUUCCGAUUGUUUUGCUUUGCAGACUGUUUGUAGGAACUGAGCAGUGUGAGCAAUGCUUGGAAAGACACUAGAGGUCAAAAAUACUUUGCUAUCCCGACUUUUUGUGUUACUUUGGAUUUUUUGUCCAGCGUUUUACAAAGCUGUCAUAAUAUUUUAGUAAAACCUAUCAGGGGACUUACAUUUUAUAUUGCAAUUAAGUGGAUUCAUUGUGUGGGACUAGUAACUAGUAUGUGUAAGACUUGCACAAAGUAACUUGCAUCAUAAAAUUUGCAAUAGCACUACAUUUCUGACAAUUGAAAUUAAAUUGUGAUGUCCUCUAAACAUUUGAUCGAAUAUGGACUCAAAAUUGACCAGAUUUGAACAAACUCCACUGAGUGGUCAACAAAACAUGCUUGUUUCAGUGUAGCUGGGAUGAUAAAAAUCACAUUGAAGGCCUUUUCACACUACACUUGCUCAGUAUGGACGGUCCCCGCUGCAAGAAGCAAAGACAGUGGUGCGGCCAAUGUUGACAUAGCAGCCUACAAGGAAGUCGAGAGGCUUUCUCCGCUGAGUGGACCGCAACUCGGCAAUAUAUGUUAUUGCAAAAUACAGCCCAAACUUUAUUUUGAGGAGGUGAUGCAGCAACAAAAAAAAAAAUGGGUGUUGUUCCAGGAAGAGCGCUUUGACGUGUGUUUCAGAUUGAGAAGGGAUUUCAGUAUAUUAUUUUUCUAUUGACCCAAAGUUCGGGAUAGAGGGACACUGCAAUUAUUAGGCCAUGCACUCCGCCUUGCUGUUUAAAAUACAAAUCAUCAGAAAUCAUUCCGCCAACCCCUCUCCUACUGGAGGAGCUUUUUGACUCAACUCAAGACGCCACUCUCAAAGAGAAUGUGUUUUCUACUCAAGGGCACGUCACGGAGCAUCAGCCACCCCCCUGCAUUACCGCGACACGGCAAACCGGGAAAGUCGACCGCAGCGUGUGCAUUCCGAAGUGCAGUGUGAAAAGGCCUUAAGGAGCUAACACGGUCCGCCCCUUUAUGCAUGAAAUGUGUGGUGCAGACAUUAAUAUGCUAACCUUUGUUUCCCCAUAGCGUAUGUUCUAUCGUGACAAUUGAUUCAGAGUUGCGCAAAACAUUUGCUUGGAGUGCACCUUGGCUGCGAAGAUUAAAAUGGUCAACAAAUAAAACAAAGCUGGUCACUGUCGGUAGACAGUUUAACAAAAGUAUUUUAAUUUCUUGAUGUAGUUUAUAGUUUGGUAUUGACUAUAGCUCGGUGCAGUAUGAACCGAUUUGUAUAGAUGACAGCUCAAUUCAGUUUUAUGAUAAACGGUACAUGUAUAAUCAUGCUGGCAUGGAAAGUGAAUGGGACCUUGAAGCAGACAAAUAGUGAUGUUAAUAUUGCUUUUGAUGGUUUCAAUGAGGCAACUCAUGAUGGACCAGCUGGUAAUGAGAUCCACAGGAGGGACAGCGCUGGGCAUCUCCGUCAUGAAGCCAGAACCACACGAUCGCAGUGUUGUCUUCCUCACCUGUCGAAGACUUUAGGAGUCAACUUGGAUUGCAUGUAAAAUAUUUUUAUCCCAUUUGAAGGAUAUCACUUACAAAGGCAGCCCACCAGCCUCUUUUGACCAAUACAAGGCACAAUGUGGGGGUCGUCUUUGGUUCCUGCGUACUCCUUAGGUUUCAGCAUACUGUAGGGAUCCUUCAAUGUGCAGCAAAGCCAUUAGUACAGCCAUUUAAAAAAAAAAAAAAAAAGCUUAGUGUACUUGCUUUAAGUUAACGUACUUUUCCCAGUUUUAGGGCUUGCAUGGCACGGCGUUCCAGGCCAGUGGCUUGUUCCUCAUCUGUGGGUAUUCCUAGAAAUUGUACAGCAAUACCUUUUAUAACAGACUCCUUCGGCACUGGAAAAAUACUUCAUAAAGACUGACUUUGUGUUCUUGAAUGACA